CGCGAAUAGUUGUUCAAAUCGAAUUUUUUGUCCGUACAUGAGAUUUAUUCGUUUGUUCGUACGACUUUUUUUGUACAUCGCCUCUCUCGAAAUUCCCAUAAACCGUUUGGCUGAAGUCAAAUAAUCGUUGUUCGCCAAAUCAACUUGAAUUAUUUCGAUUUUUUUAUAUUUUCAUUAUUGAUUGUUUUUAACCGGGUUUGAAUUAAUUGAAAUAAUUUGCGAUUAAACAAAAAUAUUUCGCUUAUUUUGUUUGUUUUGGGUGAAUGGUUUGAAGAGAAUUUCCGAAAUAGACACAUAUACGUAAAAUUCUCUCGUUCACAACCAUCCACCAUCGCCGACGCCAGAGCAGCAGCAGUGUUUAUGUUGUUUUUCGGAUUUUUUAAAAAUUAAAACGGAAAUUAAUCAAAAAGUUCAGAGUGGAAAAUUGAUUGAAAUUGAUAAAUAAAUAAAUGAACAAAGCGAAAAAUAUUGGAAUUCAGUGACAAGAGCAACUUUGCGGUUAAAGCGAUCGAGUUUUUUGUUGAUGUGUUUUUCCGUUUGGAUUGUGAUUACGUUUAUAUCACGACUGUUUAACAAUGAGAGUUUUAUAUACAUAAAAUAGAAUACAUACCGAAAGGAAUGAGAGAUAGAGCAGAAGAAUAUAUAUAUUCGAAGACAAUGUGCUAUUUAUUAUUUUGAUAUUGAACAUCGUGUGCAGUUUAGUGAGGAUCGAGAAAUUCGUUCGUUUUUAUUAUUCGUUCUAUUUUUUCGUUUUUCUGACGUGUGUGAAUGUGUCGGUAUUUUCCAGUUGUUCAUCACAACGACGAUACUUUACUACACUCGCAACCAUAAUUCGGUCAUUCUUCUCAAGCCAAAAAAAUUUCGGAGAAGAGACUGAGAAUUUUGCAUCGAAUGCCCGCAUCAUUGCAAUUAUGAAUGGAUCGAUAGCGGAUGAACGAUAGCAAUCUGUCAGAAUAAUCAAUUUAUCAUCGCUGGAAAAUAUGCUCCUUGCCAUUUACAUUUAACUGGCAAACUGCAAACAAAACGUAAACACAUAGUUUUCAAUCAACUUAAGAGAUACAAACAAAUAAGGACUACCCACCACAACCAGCUGUUCAACUAUUUUACUACCGUUUGAUCUUUAUGGAUUUCCGGCAUUUUGGAAUCACUCAACAUUGGAUUUAACUACUGUUGCAAUAUUCAUCACCUUUGACCAAUAACUACAAGCUUCUGGUUAACAUAAGCGAAAACAAUUAAUUUUUGGCUUUAUUAACCGAAUCAAGAGACCGAAUUUUAUUUUGUUCGAAAAUGGAAAGAAUGGCAACCGCUCAUCGACGUACAAUGAACAACAACAAUAUCGUUCAAGUGCAUCACCCGCACCACAAAUCGAAACAGAGUCACCAUCACCAUCAGCAACAGCAACAGCAACACCAACACCAACAUCAACACCAACGACACGAUGACUUGGCAAAUGCGCUAUGCGGAGGAGCAAAUUGCCGAUAUUACUAUGAUUCGUCAUCUCCAACAUUCCCCGAUUUAACACCUCCAUGCGACAUGCCGACACCACACAAAUCACUCAGUCGAAAAAUGCCAACGCAUCAUCAAUUUGUAGACGAUCCCGAUACCAUUGAGUUUUGUGUGGAUGAUGAAACGGCGUGUGCAAAGUAUUACAAAGACAGCGGCCGGCAGAAGCGACAAAAAAUAUAUGACCCUCAAGUGAGGUGGUCACGAAACAACAUUGCCGUGACAAUGGAAAGAUUCCAGCCGAUUGUAUCGCCUUCGUCAGCGUCGGAAAGCUCGUCAUGCACAAGCCACACCAGUCACAACAGUCACAACAGCCAUAAUAGUCACAACAGUCAUCAGGACUAUGCGUACGCGUAUUAUGAACCGGGCGCCAUCAUGUGCCAUUCGAAUAUACCAACACCUGAGGAAAUUGCCGGCCCAUCAACCAUGCCACCACCGAAUUCGAUGCGCGCAUUGCUCAUGAAAUGCAAAGAACGCAAUCAAAGAACAUCGCCGGCCAAUCGGCAUGCAAAUCACAGUCGCUAUGGCACCCAUGAAAAUAUCUACGAAGAUGUUUCGGAGGACAAAAAUGAUCGACUCGUUUCGUCGGCCCAAUCAUUGAACAACGAUCGUGGCUGCACGAAAAAAGAGUUCCAACACAUUUUGAACAAUCACUAUCGCGUUUUGGAAGAAUUGAAUUUAUCCGUCGAAGAAUUAUUGAUGUCGUCGAGUCCACCGCCCGAGCCAGCACCGUUGAUGAUCAAGCGAGCGCCAACCGUUCAGUCGUGCGUUGUUGAUACACUGGGAACCCAGCUGACAUCAUUGGACCUGAAAGAUGAUUUGCAUGUAGGUGAAAUUGUUAUCGGUGAAGAUAGCGGAUUCAGCGGUAGCAGCAGCGGAGCAAGCUGCAGCUACAUCGGAAGUUUACGUAAGAAAAAGUCGAUAAUCACACGAUCUUUACGCAGGUCAUCCGCACCGAACUGUACGGGAACGGUUUCGUCUAAUGGAACCAUCUAUGGCAGCUGCCGAACCGCCAAAUACCCGCCUUCAUCAGCCAUUGUCGAGCACACCGUUCACACCAGUGCCACGGCUCCGAUGUACAACAGUUGCACCGUCAAGAUAAAGCACGAGAAGAGUCCCGAAUCCAUGCAAAAGAGCCUGAAAUUUGCUCUAUGGAAUCGGCGAAGUUGAGGCAAAUCAACGCUCUCGUUGCUCGCCAAUCAAUUGACUUAGUCUGGGCACGAUCAAAGAAAAAUGCUAUGCCACGUUUUGAAGAAACAAGAAAUUUUCUAUCGAUAGACGAAAGGAUCAUUUACAAGACUGUGCUGCAAUUCUUUUUUUAAAAACAUAAACGGUUCAUAUUUUCCCUCGAAAAACAAAGCAUCUGAACAUUGUACAUUUGAACGGUUAAUUAAUAAGUAAUAGAAAAUACAUUUCUAAGUCGAUGUUUAAAUGUGCAACACUUCGACGUAAGUUAUGCGGUAUUUAGUCAGUCGCCAAAUUCGUAUUUAAUCAAUGUUAAUUGUGCAUCUGUGUUUAAAUGAACACAAUUGUUUUUCGCGCAUCUGUUAUUGUGAUGUUUCAGAACAAGCAAGAAACAAAUAUUCAUCUCGAUACAGGUUCAAUAGAAAAAAAAAUCAGAAUUUCGUUUCUUUCUUUUGCAUUUGUUUUUGAAGCAACACACUAUGACAAGCUUAAUAAUAUCUAUAUGUACGACACGAAUUCGGAAUAGAGCUAUGAUUCCACUCAACUUCCGUUUCUUUUCAAUAUUUUUUCUAAUUUUUAACAUCGCGUUGAAAAAAACACUUUAAAUUACUAAUUUAACCAUUUCGCCUUUCGUCGGAUGUAGCGUUUAUACAAAUUUGGCCAAAACUACACUGAAUUUCUAUUUAACAAAAAUACUGUUAACGUUUUAUUUUUUUUUUUUCAUUUUGAAGGGAGCAUCAACAAAGUUGUUGCUGUAAAUAUGUUUAUCUAAUGUGUAAUUAAUAUUCAUUUAUCAUUCAUAAGUAAAAUUGUGCGCCAUUCUCAAACCCGUUUACGCCAAGAACUAACAAUGACUUUUGAUUGUCAUAAAAUGAAAUUCCGUUUCGAGCUAGGUGGAGAGCGCACAAGUUUUCUAUUCGAUCGAAUUUUCCGUACAACAGCGUUAGAUAUUUAUCGUUAGAUGUAACUCCAUGAAAAUUCCACACAAUUCAACUCUGGUUAUGCAAUUCACAACCGAAUACAAUUUUCUAAGCUUUUAAUCGCUAAUAUGUUUUUUCAAUUUAAAUACAAACCGAAUAUUUUGCUCUACAAACACCCAUAAUUAUUACAAACAUUAAUAUAUUUUGUAAUUUUAACCGAAUUUUGACACAAUUUAGCACAUAAGCAACAAUCGAUAAGCGUAAGGCGUCGACCGUUGGCGAGUCGAAGCGAAAAGAAUGAAAUGAUAAGAAAAAGAAGAACAAGACACGUUUUAUUGUGUAAUUAAAGAAAAAAGGAUUAAAAAAAUGUUUCGGGCUGUGAUACCUAAUUAAAAAUUGAUGAUAAACGUAUAAACUGUACAGUAAGUAAAAAAAAAUAUUUAAUGAGCUAGAGUUUUAUGUGAGAGAAAUUGGAAGGAGAUAAAUGAGAAUAAGUCUAGACUGGGUGACAAAAAUAAUGUCCAUUUAAUUGUUAAUCGCCGAAUUUACAAACUAAACAAACUCCCAUGACAUUUAAAAUAGACAAUUGAUACUCAAUCGAUAGAAAGAGUCAAUUAUGGAACUUUAAUUCACCCACAAAUCGUUUCGAAUUUUUGAUUCGACUCAAGUCGAGUCGAAAUUAAAAUUUAUGUCAAAUUCUAUCCUUCAAAUUAACGAUAUAUAUAUAAAUGAAAUACAGCGCCGAUGUUAUACACAAACUCACCCAAACUGAAGACCGAAUUAUGAAAAUCGAUCGAUAAACACAACACAAACACAGAUUCAAUGUAAUAUAAUGUAUUAAAACGGUUAAUUAUCUCGCAUUCAUAGGUUUACCGAAACCACUGCGACAACCGGUAAAAUAUAAUUACGUGACCAUUUCAAGUUAAAUGAAAUACAAAGUAAAAGUAAAAAUAAACGAGGGAACGUACAUAAAAAAAAAUUAAUAUUCACCGACUAAAUAGAACAUUAUUAUAGAUGGAUAAUUAUAAUGGUAAUUAAAAGAAAUGAUUCAAUCAAAUACACACAAUCGCAAACGAACAAAACCGAAUACAGACACACUUAAUAGAUACCGUUUGUAUAAAACAGUACAAUCGACACAAAUGCAUUCAAUUAAAUAGCCAACCGAAAUAGCAGCAAACGGCAAAUAGUUAAAACAUUUAUAUUCAAUAAGAGAAUGACUCAACAAGGAGAACAAAUUCCAGCGCAUAUAGCAGACACCCCCAUAAAUACACAAACACACAUCAAUCGUAGAGUCACAUUCACAAUUAAACAUCGGAAAAUUGCCACAACAAACAACAAACAAACACACUGGCCAGACAGCAGACAGCAAGAUGACAUUUAGCAAUUACUAACAUGGGCAAAGUCAAUUUACACUUAAAUACCGAAUGUAACACAUUUACACCGACAAAACCACAAAAUCUAAUUUAAUAUUCUUAUUAUAAAUGGAAAACAUUGAAAAUCGGAAAAAAAAUAAAGAUAAAAAAUUCAACAUGAAAA